AUGCUAAUCUCAUCGGACAGUACAAACCAGUUAACGCAGGCCAGCAAAAAUCACCUAGACACAUGCGACGCGCAAUUUGAAACUGACCAAGUUGACUAUACCUAUCACGAUAUGGUUGGCUAUAAAAACAUUUGCAAUGAAUACCGCAAUAUAUUGCGACAUAAACUGGACUCAGAGCUGCACACUUUUAUACAAGAUUUAAAAUAUGCCCAAAAGUGUGCUGGCACAUUUAAAACACAACUAGCUGAUUGUUAUCGCGAGUGCACCGUGGCCGAGUACUAUGCUCAAAUUCAGCUAUACACUGAAUAUCAGCGCUUAUACAGGGAGUGUACGGAUAGAUAUAACCGGUAUUAUAGCGACCAAACGGCCUGUAAUAUUAUGAACGAUAAUCUCGGCGAUGAUCUCAAGCAUACGAUUAACACGUUUUACGGAUCGCUCGUGAGAUGUCAGGAAUGGCUGGAGAGUUGUCUGCAUAGGUAUGGCGAGAGAUUGGAUGAGGCAUAUGAUAAUGUCGAUCUUUCUGAUGAGUUUAAUAAAGGUAUACCCGAAGAGUUGAGAGAGUAUAGGUUUGAGGGCAAGUUUUAUCCGGAGACCUUGAUCAUCUUCAAGAUGUCCAUGAUGAACAAGUUUAUGAUGGUUGCGUUGAUGAUGGUAGCGAUUAUGUAUGCUGUACUCAUUAAUGUAGCAGUUGUUGAAGGAUGUGCCGACCCGGUGGAUUGUCCAAGUUUGGAAUAUUACUGCAAUUCAUACACAGGUGCCUGUAUUCAUGAUCCAUGGUAAAUAUAAAUUACCAAUAUAAUUUGAAUGUUACAUUAAUAUAAAUUUUACAA